AUGUCCGACAGCGAACUCGAUCGGACGCUCGUGCACCCGGAACAGACACAAGAUUUCGUCCACUUUGGACUGACGACAGCGAUCGAUUCGUCGGUCACAACGAUCCUGCCGCUCGUCGCCUACCAUCAGCAGCAUCAGCAUCUUCCGCACGAAACGACGAACCAACCCUGCUCCUCGUCCUCCAUGCAACUGCGACACCCAGUUGCAUUCGCGCGACAUAUCCAUUCCCCGAUCAGCCAUCAGGACGAUCAGCCGAAGCGCAUCAGCACAUCGCUGCCCCUAUACUACGCGAAGGUGAGUGUUCUCGAUAUAUUCGAGGUGCUGGAUGACGACGAAUGCGAACGGAGUGACCUGUGCACACUUGGUUCGCGACCUGGUAUGGAGUAUGUGCCAUUGAGGACACCAGCUGCCGAGCCGUAUCACUAUCAUCACGUCACCGACCAAACCAAGUCACUACAGGAACUGCAGAAUGAAGUCGGCGCCCUGCUGGAGUUCCGCGAUUUGGUUAUCGAAACCUUUCCCGACCUUAAAACGAAGAUGGCAUCGUCAGCGACGAACAGCACCCUCACCGGCAUACCGUCGUCUUCCUCCUCUCUGGCGACGACCCGACGCGAGUGGGAGCCCGGUAUCCGGAUCCGGCGUAAACUGACGGUGCAAAAGGAACCGUUUGGAGGCGGCGGCGGCGGCGGUGGUGGUAGUGCUAUUAAUUCUGCCGCUAAUUGCAGCAUCGGUGGCAGUGUUACGAACACCGGCAGCGGCAGCACCACCGGAGGUGAACGGACCGUGGGCAGUGGGCUCACUAGCAUUCCGCUGGCAACCUCGGCCACCAACAUCAGCAGCACCGGCGGUGGUACCGGUGCUUCUUGCUCCUCCACCACGGGCAUCCAGCAGCAGCAGCAACAACACUCGUCAUCUUCGCUGAUACGCAGCCGAAGCAACUCCCAUAGCGGUAAGAAGGAACCAAAGAGCGGCGAAGGCAACAAUGGUAGUGUGAUACAGGAUUCGGGUUUUUCGACCGAAACCUCCUCGUCGAAGGAGACGCACAGUGCGGCGUCCUCUACGAGCGGCGCUGUGCAGGGUACCGCCUCGUCGACCGCAACCAACCGACUGGCGGUGGAAACGGAGAACGAACUGUGGAAUCUGCUCGAUGUGAUACAUAGGAAGAGUAGUCGGCUACGGGACGAGCUUGACCUGCUGCCGCACCACCACGUCCUUACGGAGCGAGCGUCCGAGAAGCUUAGGCCAACAACCAAUUUACUAACGGGCAACCAUGCUCAACGUCACCACCACCAUCAUCACAUGCUCGAUAGUAGCGGUGGUAGCCACAAUAUUGUCAUUCACCACUGCAACCCAGCGGUGGUUGGCGCUGGUGGUGGCGGCGGCGGCGGCGUCACCCUUGACGUGGUACCGUCCACGGCCCCGGUGACGGAUGCCAUUACCACCGGCACCACCACCGUGGUUGUAGCGGUGACCGGCGGUGGCGAAGGGGCAAGAAACGGUCCGGCGGACGAUGGUGGCCAUCACGAGGACCCUAGCGGGGUCAGUGGCGGUGGUGGUGGUGGUGCGCUCGCGUUGCCGCUGGUGGUCGCGGCCAAGGAUCAUAUUGUACAAAUUUUGCGCAACGAGCGUGACCGGCUGCUGGAGAAGAUGGCCGGAUACGAGGCGGAAACGGUGGCGGGACGGAUACGGACGGCGAAGAUGCAGGACGAGGUCGACACGCUCACGCUCACCGUGCGUAGCCUGCACGAGCAGCUGAAGGCAGCCCACAACCAGCAGCUAGAGCUAAACACGAAACUACAUGAUCUCCACCACCAACAGCACCAUCACCAGCAGCCGCAACCUGUAAAUAGAAGUGCGCCUAGUUCAUCCGAGUCAAUUAAAGCUCUCAUUCCGCAUCAGCAGCAAGGAAGUCUGUCGCAGGGUGAGCACCCGGUGAAAGCGGCCCGGUUCCACGGAGCGGCCCCAUCGGUGGAGAACAGCAGCAGUGGUAGCAGCAGCAGUGCCAGUACAAGCACCACAGUACCCAAGUCAGCGGCAACUGCGGCCGGCGGCACGGUGACAUUGUUGCCACCACUCAACGACGACGAAAACGACAGCAAUGACGACGACCGCAGAACCGAGAGGGUUGUCGACUUGCCGGCCACCGGUGAUUCCGCCAGCGUCGCCGUCAGAGGGCGAACGUUUGAGGCGGGCACCCUCGGACGACUAGACGCUCUGCUCGGUCCGCCCGGUGGCACUCUCCGGCUGCAGAAGGUGCGGUCACUCGAUUCGCAGAAGUUCGCCGCUAUCCUGCUCGAGACGAACAUCGUCGAGCUGCAGCGUCAUCUGCUGACGGUGACCGUUCAGAAUCAGGUUCUUCAGCAGCGCCUGGAGCAGGCGACGCGAUCCAGAAUAUUUCUAAGCGCGAAGUUUGAAAAAUCGAAGGAAGACGUCGAUGACCUCCGGUUUCAGCUCAAGGAGAAAUCGAUCGAACUCGAAGGCACGAAGGCUCAGCUGCGGGUGAUUGAGUCGAAGGCGGCAUCGUCGUCGAGCAAAUCAUCGUCGUCGUCGGCGGCAUGCAGUCCGGAGCAUCAUCAGCACCAGCAGCAUAUCAUCACGGUCGGGACCCAUGCGAUGCUGCUACCCUCUUCCCUGCACCACCAUCACCACCAUCAGAUGGAUCAGCUCGCGAUGCGGCUCCCAUCGUCGCAGGUCUCGACUCCGUCCAUGAAGGCGAUGACGCCAGUCGCGAUGGAUGACAUCGCACAGCAACACAGCAGCAGCACGGAGUCGGCCCAGGAUCAAGCGGAACGGGACAGUAGCGCCACUACCACCACCGGUAACCGGCAGCAGCACCAACAUCAGUACCACAACCACCAACAGCAGCAACCUCAGUGCCCGGAAACACCUCGUCGGCGCCCGUCCAAGAUACCGUUGCCGGGUAUGAAGGGGUCGACCGCACCGAAGCCACCGAGUGGGCGAAAUUUUAGUGCCGUCAUCGCCGCGGCCGCUGCCGCUUCCACCACCACGCCAACGACACCGACUAUGGCUGGUGCUGCGGGCGGGGGCGCUGUGCGUGCAUUGACGGCGGUAUCCGGUGGAUCCACCGCGUCCUCCUCCGGUCCGCUUUCGAACCGCAGCCUUACCAAAAGCACCGGCAGCCUGUACGUCAAGUCAAGCGAUGCCAGUUACUUCGGCGCCCAGCAGCAACAGCCGCCGCCGCCGCCAACGACGACCCACGCGACGCCAGGGUCAGGCCGGGCUCGCGAGAGCAACAGCAGCGGCGGCAGCAGUAGCGGCAGCCUGUACAGGCCUGACUCAGCUCAGAGCUGGCGCACGAGCAGCAAGGACACGCCCUCGCUGGAGAAGUUGCGCUCCUCGUCGAUACCGAUUUCAGCGGCAAAAUCUCCGGCAGCAGCGGCUUCUUCGAAAGCUUUCAUGGCGUCGUCUGCAGCCGUGGCACCGUCCAUGAUACCGGCGGGGCCUAGUGGGGCGGGCUACGGGAUAACCGCGGGGUCCAUGGUCACGGGGUCGUCUCCGCAGCCGCGCACCAAGCGUGAUUCGCUUACAACGAAGGUCAAGAACUGUGAUUCCCUGUCCCGGUGGCAACAGCAGGUUGUGGCGACCAGCAACAGUGGCAGCGGGGCGGGCAACAAGAGCACCACUGGAGCCGUCGGCGGUUCGACGAAGCCGGAAUACGGUGCCUCGGUGAGCGUCGUCGGCGGCGGUGGUCAUCAUCCGCCGCCGCCAGUGCGAGAGCGCAAACAGAGCACGAGUGGAGGAGCUGUAGGAGGGUUGAUGAUGAGGCACAGUGGUGGCAUCACGGGCUCCUCGGUCGGUUCCGGCUCACAGACCGCAGUGGCCGCGACCGAUGCAUCCAACAGCAAUGGCAGCAGCAGCAGCAGCAGCGUACAGCAGACAAACACCAACUCGGUCGUUGCUGCGGCUGCCACCGGCGACACUAUUAAGGCUCGGCGCAGUAACACUUUCCGAGUGGCGAAACCGACGGUGCUGGUACCACUGCUGCCGUCUGCUGCUGCUGCCGCUGCUGACGAACAGGACUGUCGCUAUGUGAUGCCGGAAAUCGCUACUGGCGCCACUGUCCAUCCGCUGCGCGGGAUCGUCGGUGGGCCGGACGGCCCCGAGGCCAUAGGUCUGAUCGGCGAGUAUCUGGCAGCAAAGACGCGUGGUAGUACUGUGCACCCCCACCACCAGCAGUCGCAGGCGCAGGCACCACCGAUGCCGCCUCCCAUUUUCCACGUUACCGGACGUGCGGUGCCCGCCGUCAACGGGGCAGCCCAACGGCAAAUCCUGGAGUUCGCGUACAAGCACCCAAUCCUGCUGUUGGAUGACGACGGCCAUGACGACGGCCAUGACGACGGCCGUGACGACGGUCACAGUAAAGCGAAUCACGGGCAGGAUGAGACGAUUGAAGAGUCCACCGCCGGCGGCGCCGCAGCAGUGCAGGAGUCGCUGAUCAUCCCGCACCUCACGCUGCGGCAAGACACGUCAGCCAGGGAGGCGGAAAUGCGAUGGGUCCAGCAGCCGCUGCCGGACAACGGCACUGAAACGGUCGCCGCUGCGACUCGGACCGGUUUGGUGGGCAAAGUGAACCGCAACAUCCUAAAGACGUGGGAGCAGUUGCGGUGGGCGUGCGGAGGGUUAGCUAGCGAGACGAAACGAGACGGCGAGGCUCCGGCGCAUCAUCAGGGGGUGGUAUCUGGCGAGAACACUGCACAGCGCACUUACUGUGGCCAACAGCAUCAGCAGCAUUAUGCGUUGCCCUUCCGUAGCAAUGGCAUCAGCGAGAUGGGCGAUUCGGACGGCGUGGACAGUAGCACUGAUGAGCGCCAGAGCUGCGUACUGUACUGUCCGCAGCAGCACCAGAAUCACCUCCUAAGUGAGGAGCUGAUCGACUUCAAGGUUAACCGGUUGCUGCACUCCCCGGCGUAUGGUGGAAGCACCGACCGGCUGACAUCAACCAGCUCCUUUUCGGUGAUGGCUGAAGCGUCCACCAUUACCACCACUGCGGUUACGAAGGCAAUGGCAUGCUCGUCCGGGGCGGUCGUCCGUACCACGGCCGGCAGUUCCUCGGAGGGAGGCGAGUUUUACGACAGCAUUGACGCCGUAAGCACCAACAACAGAUCCUCCGGUGGGAGGACGAGUAGUUGCACGUUGGUGAACCUAGUAGAAGAUUGCACUCGGCGGCAGCAGCAGCAGCAGCGGCAGCAGAGUACGGUGGCGACUAGUGGCAGCAGCGAAAGAGACAAAAGCCAGGCUCCCGAGCCUACCUCGAUCGACCGCAAAUCUCUGCGGUUGCUGCGGUCGAUUGAAAUCGAGUAG